UGCUGUCACUACAGUCGGCUCUGCUCGGAGUUGUCAUCUUCCUCUCAUGUCUGCACUGGCCAGGUCCCCCGCUGGCCGCCUUCUCUUCUCCCCGCUGGGUGACAGGCGGGACUCCUCCAGCAAUGGGCCGGGGCGGGCGGCUGCGGUAGCGGGGGUGCCCCCCGGAGUACGGCGGAGGGUGAGAGCCCACAGACCCCCGCCUGACGUCCGCUUCAUCUUCCAGCCUCAGAAGCCGAUAGCCGGUCACAAGUUCCAGGCCGAGGCCGCUCUGAACGCCUGGUGCGACUUGUGCUGCGGGUUCAUCUUCUCCGGGGCUCAGCGCUGUGCAGAUUGUAAAUACACAUGCCAUUCACAUUGCCAAGGACAGGUGCAAUUAAACUGUGAACCGAAUGGAAAGUUAAUGGAAUGUUUACCUGCGUACGACACAUUGGACCACUCCAAUAACAAUGAGAAGGAUGUUGAGAAGGAAAGAGAUCCUUUGUCGUACCUUAGUAAGGAAGAAACCAAAGAGAAGAUCCAGCUUUAUAAUGCUGCAGUCACCGACAAGUUAAAGAUGACCCUAAACACCAAUGGGAUAUACACAGGCUUCAUCAAAGUACAGAUGGAACUUAGACGACCAAUCACUGUACGGACACGAACAAAUGCACAAAGCCAUGCCAACGGCAAUGGAAAUGAUACUGCCUUCUACUUGCCCAAGGGCAGCAUAAAUAUUUUGCAUAUUAGCAGCACCAACACUGUUCGAGAAGUCAUUGAGGCCUUGUUGAAAAAGUUCUUGGUUGCAGACAAUCCUGCCAAGUUCGCACUUUAUAAGCGCUGUCAGAAGGAAGAUCAAGUGUACAUGUGUAGGUUGUCUGACAGAGAGCACCCACUCUAUCUUCGGCUGGUAGCUGGACCCAAUCUCGAAACCUUAAGCUUUGUUUUACGAGAACACGAAACAGGAGAUGUCAUGUGGGAAGCAUUCAGCAUACCAGAACUGCAGAAUUUCCUGCGUAUCUUGGACAAGGAAGAAGAUGAACAGCUGCAGAGUUUAAAGCGACGCUAUUCGUGCUACAAGGAGAAACUAGAAGAAGCACUGGGUGGAGUACGUAAACCUGGCUAGGGUCAUGGCCAAGAGGACCUGUGUGUUACAGUAUGGCAGAGUGGUUCACACUCUGUCCAAUGGAGACUAGGUUAGAAGGGAACGUGUCCAUGGGAAAAUAACUUGUCUGGCUUACCUUAAACUGGCCACAUGGAUAUGAUGGAUUGACUCUUACCGGGACUAUAAAGGCUGCCACUAAACAUGUGGUGGUUGCUGCAGACAAUCCAAAAAUCACAUUCAGUUUUAGAUAUUUUUAUUUUUUUUCCAUAUAAAUUAUUCAAGCUUUAAGUCUGACAAAAAAAUGAUUGUUUUGAACUCAUCAGGAAUUAAGUUUUUUUUUUUUUUUUUUUUUUUUCUUUCGAAAAUGUUUUUGCGACGAAUGUCUGUUAUAAAGUUGGGUUGAAUCAGGUCAGUACCUGAAGAUUCAGAAGAAUUCAUGAAGGUUGUAAGAUGGUUCAGCCCAGCCGACAGAAUAGCAAGUUUUGAUCCUGGAGGCACAGAUAAGUGGGAGCCCCUCCAAUGCUGUGUUCUGGAGGGAAAACUGUUAAGGUUUUCUUAGGGUGUUGGCGUGUAGAAUGUGCGAAGACCAACAGCAAUGCACACAACUGUGUACAAUUGACCUGUUGGCUAUUUUCAAAGCUGCUAAGAUGUAUUGACAUUCAGUCUUUUAUUGAGCUGGAGGAAAAGCCUAUGUUUUAGAUGCCUAAUGAACUGAUGGGAAAAGGAGGUGUAAUGAUGGACUUUAUUGGUUUACUGUAUGUAGAGUUUUAGUUUGACAGAUGCGAUAUGCUGGUAUGCUGAUAAGGAAGUUUGUCUGUCGGGGCACUUGCACAGCUACAGAGGGUAAGAAUGUGAUAGACAAGAUAUAAGUAAUGGGUAGAUUGCAUACAGUGCUCAGAAAUGCGGCACUACUACUAUAAAGCCGUUGAAUGAAAAGUACAUGUUCUAAGAAAACCAAAGAACAAAUGGAUCUGAUGGUGUUACUGUAAUUUUGUUUUGUCAUUUGAAGAAGUAUUGUUUUAUGACAUUUUAGGUUUUUUUUUUUUGUUGUGUUUACGAGCAGUCACUAUGUCUCGGUUUAUUGUUUACUUAUGUCAGCAUGUUGACCUGGUGCGUUAUAGCUAGUGCUACUAAAGUCACACGGAUAUAGUGACUCCUAGUGGCUGAACUGAAGGUUGUACUUCUACCACUUCAUCUCAUCAUAUAAAAAACCCAGGCUCACUAUCUGUCAUUCACAUCUGGAAUGUGGAACAUUGAGGCGUGUGCAGGUAAUAGGUCAACCACACAGAAAUCCUAAAUUUAUAAUGUAAGAGACACAAAUAUGGUUUGGCAAUAGAUCAACCUUGUUGUAAUGGGUUGGGUUAUAGGCCUAUGUUUUGCUAUGAUAGGUUUGUUUUCUGUUACCUGAAUAUCAGGGGGAUGCUGGAUAGCAAUGCUGCCUGUUAACCCACUAGUUUCACACUACACUGUUAUCGCAGCUAAAUGAUGCUAGGAACAGGUUAUGGAUUAAUGCUUGUCUCUGUUUUUUAUGUUAAUUAUUAAUUAAUUUUUAUUUUUAAGCUGUCUAAAAUUUGUAUUUCAUCAAAUGGUCAACUGUGAAUGUGUGGAUUAUAUCUUUUUUUAUUUUAUUUUUUUUACUUGAAAUCUUUUAAAUGGGCAUAUGAAAUACUUUAGGCCUCAAUGAUACAAUGUCUUAUGCACUACACAUGGUCUUUGAUCAAGGACAAUUACUGUAUCAAUGUGUCUCAGUUUUUUUUUUUUCCUUUUUAAAUUAUUUAAACAAAGUAAAUUUAUAAAAUUUCUUACUAUGUGCUUAUUUGCAUGUCUUACCCAUAGUCCUUUGUGACCACCAUGUGUGUUCACCGUGUGAGAACUUUUACAGACUUGGCACUGGAAAUUUUUUGUUCUUAGACUGAACACACCUUUUUGGAUAUGAGGACUAGCAUAUAUAAGGUCUUAAGUUCUUCUACCAAACUGCAAUGCACACACUGCUUCUAUCAUAUGCUUGAUGGUACCAGGAAGUUACAAUUACAGGAAGAAAUGGGAUUCAGAAACUGUUCUAAUAAAGUUCUUCUAUUUAAGAAUUAAGAA